CGUGUGUGUAUGCGCGUGUGUGUGCGUGCGUGCGCGAUUGUGUGCGCGCGUGCGCGCGUGCGUGUAUGUCAGCCAGUUGCGCGCUUCAAGGCGACUCCACGCAUAAAAUCCAUAGAGUGAAGUGGAAACAGCAGCAACCGCAACGACAUAAUCUUCAUUAUCAGCACCGACGCCGAACAGCACGAGGAGCGGAUCUCUCUCUCUCGCGCGCGCGCGUAUCGGUGGUGCCCAGGAGUGGAUUUAGGAGCGCGCGCUGCGGCGAUGAAGUUUUUCGGGAAAUGAGCGCGUGCGACGCAGAGACCCUGGACGCGCGCGCGGAGUAGUGAACCCUCAAAAAAAAAGAAAAAAAAAUUGGGGAAGAAACCCGAACAACACGGAGCUUAGGCAGUGUGGUGACCCUUCAAGGACUCCUAUGAGGUGAUCCCCACCUUAGCCACCCUCAGGCCCCCCCACCUAACGUCAGCAGCAGCACGACAAAGGGAUGUCACAAGCAUUUCUUCUGAGCCUGAUCAUUUUCUUCUCCUGCACCCAGGUGUCCUCUGCCUUGUCCAUGAAACUUUUAAUGAGAGAGUGGAUGAACUAUGAAGAUGAAUGUCUCAAGAAUAACAGCAGAGAACCACAAACCACGGGUCUUAUGUGUAAUAGGACGUUCGAUAAAUAUGCCUGUUGGCCAGAUGGUUUGCCAAACACCACGGUGAGCGUCCCCUGCCCCAAGUACCUGCCCUGGCACACAAAAGUCCAAAAUGGCCUGGUUUAUCUGGAGUGCAAAGCUGAUGGCCAGUGGGCCAAACAGAAGAACGCGAGUGAAUGUGAAAGAAAUGACCUGGAACAGAUUGAAACGCAAUACUAUUUCAAGAUCCUUAGUAAAUUCAGGGUCAUAUACACUGUCGGAUAUUCCCUCUCACUGGGAGCACUGGUGCUGGCACUUGGUAUCCUGGUGGCCUUCAGGAAGCUGCACUGUAUGAGGAACAACAUUCACAUGAACCUGUUUGCCUCCUUCAUCCUGCGAGCUGCAGCCAUUUUUAUCAAAGAUGCAUUGCUGGAGAAACCCAACAUCAACCCCGGCACCACCACGGACCUCGAGAUGGACCUGUUCGUCAAGAACGAAGUUUUACAGCCAGAUGUUGGCUGCAGGAUUGCUGUAGUGAUGAUGCAGUACAGUAUCAUAGCAAACAGCCACUGGCUGCUGGUGGAAGGGAUCUAUCUGCACAACCUGCUAGCAGUCACUGUGCUGACUGAGGGGAACCACUUCAGCAUCUACCUGUGCAUCGGCUGGGGAGCACCGCUGAUCUUUGUUCUGCCCUGGAUCAUCGUGAAGUAUAUCUACGAGAACGAGAAUUGCUGGGAACAGAACAUCAACAUGGGGUACUGGUGGAUUAUCCGUUCUCCCAUCCUCCUGGCAGUUUUGAUCAACUUCUUCAUCUUUAUACGCAUCAUUAAGAUCCUGGUGUCCAAGCUGAGGGCUCACCAAAUGAGAUACUCGGAUUACAAAUUCCGGCUUGCAAAGUCCACCCUCACCCUCAUCCCUCUGCUCGGGUGUCAUCUGGUCCUGUUUUCCUUCGUCACUGAUGAGUCUACCUCAAACGGUGCCAUCACCCUGCGGCUCACCAAACUCUUCAUCGACCUCGUCUUCAACUCCAUCCAGGGGCUGCUGGUGGCCAUCCUGUACUGCUUUGUCAACAAAGAGGUUCAGUCCGAGAUCCUGAAGUUCUGGAAGCGCUGGAGGGGGAAGGAUAUCGACGAGGACUACCGUCACACAUACAGCAACACGGCCCAGGUGACCAACAACAAACCCGUCGCUUCCAGCAAGCUCAAGCUGCGGGACGUCACGUGCAUGAGUUCGGCCGUCUGCUGCUCCGAGGAGAAGCAGCUCCUAGCGCUCGGCUGCCACAACGGCACGGUCGGCACGCAUACGACUUCUAAAUCGCCCGAGGGAACCAGCAGCAGCAACAGCACGCCAGCCGAGGAGCCGAUGGUGUGCCAUCAGGAUCCACGAGGGAGCAUCGAGAUGAACAUGUGAACACGUGAGGACACGUGUGUCAGAGAUGCGCUGUAGGCACACGAGCCCGCAGUCCGAGCGAGCAGCACCAAGAUGUGUGUGUGUGUGUGUGUGUGUGUGUGUGUGUGUGUGUGCGCAUGUCAUGUGGACGAGUGUUUGAGCACCUCAGUCAUGUGAGCUUUCCAUCUCAUGUGGGGAAAAAAAGAAAACAAGUGGUUGUAACAUGUUCACACGGCACAUCAUCACACCACCACUGCACCCUCAGCGCACGGACCUGAAUGAAGACAUGCUGAAAAAAAGACUUCAACAACAUGAACCUCAGAUGGACACAGGAACCUGGAGCAUACCUUUUAUCUCUGUAAAGGGGUCGACAGUUCGGAUGCCUGUGGAUCGCCAAGUCCUCAACCUUUUCAGGGUCCAUUCUGACAGUGCAAUGAUCGUGAAAGCCAAAUCACAAUAAUGAAAAUAAGUUAAAGAAAAUUUAUUUGUGACCAAGAACCUAAAAAAUCUAAUGACUGUCUCUAAAUUCUUUAACGAUGUCUUGGGGUACAUUUUUAUUUUUUCCGAAAGCCGCUUUUAGUUAUUUGUGCACUGUAACUUGUCAGGUUUAAUUAUUGCUGUUGUUUUUUUUUUUAAUAUAUACAUUAUAUUGCCAAAAGUCUGUGGACACCUGGUCAUAAGUGUGAUAUGUGCUUUUUGAGCAUCGCAUUCCACAAUUAGUCCCAAUUUG